AGGAGCAAUUCCAGCUUUCUUCUGCUUUUUAGGGUUUGCUGGGCUGGGCUCAACCUGAACUAAAGCUCUGUACAUAUCUCCUCAAGUUGAGUCAAGUCCAAGGAAUCAGCAAGUCGACAAGUCCACACAUCCCGAUGCCCCUGGCCAAGCCGAUCCGAGCGAACCGAAGAAAACAACAUGCCGCGAACGCACGAGACCGGGUCGUCAAGCUCAAGGGGGACAUCUUCCAAUCGACCACCAUCCUCUGCGAAUUCUUAUACUAUGCCUUCAACGCCAUCCUCGGAUUGAGAGAAGUGUAUCCCAAGCAGGACUUCAAGUGGGAAAAGCGCUACGAUAUCCAUCUGCCCUUGUUGAUCGACCCGGACUUGAAGAGCUAUCUGACUAAAGUGACGACCCAGUUGAAACCAUGGCUGGAGACGAAAAGCGUGACGCGAAUCGUGCUAGCGCUGGUAUGCAAAGAGACGCGUGAAACGGUGGAGCGGUGGCAGUUCGACAUCCGCACGACCGCCGAACAACCGGCCGGGCAAGAGGCCGUCCCGCAAGCCGAGCCGACCGCGGCCGAUCAGACGCCGUUUGAGCCGGUGCCACGCUCGGACCAUGAUAUGCAAGCAGAAGCCUUACAGAUCUUCCGGCAAAUCUUCUCGUCGGUUACGUUCAUGCCUGCACUGGAACCCGAUCGAUGCCUGUUUACGAUCCUUAGUUAUGUGGAUAAGUCGGCCGAAGUGCCUGCAGGAUGGAACCAAAGCAACCCUUAUGUGAUCUCCGCGACUGCUGAUCAGGUGCCAAUCCAUGGUCUGAGCACUUCGGUAUACAAGCUAGUUCCUACUGUCACUUACUGCGCAAAUCAAGUUGAACAACCAGAAGAAGAAGAUGAUGAAUGAAGAAAUUGGUAAAGAAACAUUGAAAUUUAUGUGUACAUAGUAGAAUCCUGAUUGUAAUAUAUCUAUGCAAUGUGAAUUAGCCCC